CAAGAAAUUAUUAAAUGAAAAUUUAAAUAAGGGGAAUAAGAGAUUAUAAAUAUAAGUAUACAUUUUUAAAUGUUCUAUUAAAGAUUAUUAAUGGCUGCGAUUGAUAAAGUAAAAAUUAUUGUUGUUGGAGAUUCUGGUGUUGGGAAAACAUCAUUAAUACAUUUAAUAUGUCAACAACAGCCUAUAAGUAAUCCUUCGUGGACUAUAGGUUGUUCAGUAGAAGUUAAAUUGCACGAAUACAAACAAGGAACUCCUAAUCAAAGAAGAUAUUUUAUUGAAUUGUGGGAUAUUGGUGGAAGUCAAAAUCAUAAAAAUACCAGAUCUGUUUUUUACAAUCCUACAAAUGGUAUAAUAUUAGUACAUGAUUUAACAAAUAGAAAAUCACAACAGAAUCUUCAAAAAUGGCUUGAAGAAGUUUUGAGUAAAGAUAGUAAUAUGAAAUCAAAGCCAUUCGAUGAUUUUGAUCCUGAAAAAUUUGUGGGAUCUACCCAGAUACCAAUUUUAGUUGUUGGUACAAAGUUGGAUUUAGUUGCAGAAGUAAGAUCAAACGUCCAUAGAAGAUCUUCAACUAUUGCAGAAGAAUGUGGUGCUGACGAAAUAUUUUUAGAUUGCCGUCAGGUAAGAUCAUUAGCUGCUGGAUCCAGUUCUUCCGUUAAAUUAAGUAGGUUUUUUGAUAAAGUGAUUGAACGUCGCUAUUAUUCGUCGAGAGAAGGAAUCAGUCCAGACAAGCGAAGACCGCCACUGUAUAACCCUCCAUAUAAUACAAAAAUUUUUCAUAAUGAUUAAAAAUUUGGAAAAUU